AUGUCACCCGCUGGGCCUUCAACGCCAUCUCAAAUCCUGCGACGUAGAGUAAGGGUGAGGAAAUGGAAGCUAUUUGCGAGCUACACUGGCGACUGGCUGUUGACUCUCGCUCUUGGGGCAUUGUUUUUUGCGCUCAAUGAGGUUGAGGGCUUUCGAAGGCGCUUUUCGCUCCACGAUGAGAGCAUACAGUACCCAUAUACCUUACACGAACGAGUUCCCGAUUGGCUUUUGGGAAUUGUCUGCCUCGUAGUACCUGCCGUUACGAUGCCCCUCGUGAACCUAAUCUCUGUGCGGACUUUAUGGGAUCUUCACAACUCGGAACUCGGAUUAAUUCUCUCGCUAGCCCUUGCUGGCUCCAUUACGAACAUUCUCAAGAUUACGGCCGGACGGCCCCGCCCUGAUCUCAUUGCACGUUGCCAACCUGCUUCGGGAUCAGAAAACCCUGCAGUGUUUGGAUUGGUCGACUGGCACAUUUGUACCCAGACGAGUCAGUCCAUCAUGAGGGAUGGGUGGCGAAGCUUUUCCAGUGGGCACUCGAGCCUCAGUUUUGCAGGACUUGGAUAUCUCACUUUUUACCUGAUGGGCAAACUCCAUUUAUUCGACGAGCGCGGCCAUACGUCCAAAUCAUGGAUCUCUGUCUUUCCUCUCUUUGGCGCGACCGUCGUUGCAAUAACCAGAACAAUGGAUUACAGGCACCACUGGCAAGACGUGUUCGUGGGCAUGUUGAUUGGUCUCGCGACGGCCUACUUUUCCUACCGACAAUACUAUCCCUCCUUGGAACAUCCGCUUUCACACCGUCCCUUUGCGCCUCGAUACGCGCCUAUCACCGAUGCAGCAGAGAGCGAGCAUCCGACGGACAGUUCAAGUACCGUUCCCCCGGGUGACAAUGGUAAAGGAAAGGGACCAGAUGAAGAACAAGGCGUUGUUACUUCUGCACGCGUCGCAGACGAGGGGGAGAUUGACCACGAAGCCGAGGGGACGGUCCCCCGCGGGCGGCCACCCAAUCUGGAGCGAGUAUGGAGCGAGAAGAGCCGUAUUUCGACACGAAGAAGUGUGACACGAACGGAAGUGUAA